AUGGCCAAGCAACUCAGGGCUGCCGUGGACGCCUGUCAGCCAGAUCGCCCCGGCAGCUUGACACUCCAGGCUUCCCUGAUCGGCUGCCUCUUUCAGUGUCUGGGGAUUUUCCAUGAGGACCACAUGGGCGAGUUCUUUAGGGACGGAAAGGAGGGGAAGGAAGCGGAUCCCGCACCGAAGGAGGUCGCUAGGAAUCAGCCUCGGACGAACGAGAAGUCUGGACUGUUUAAAAUUGUUCGAGACUUGCAGGCCCCCACGCGGCUCGCAACAGAGAAGCUCCUGGCCGACAAACUCGCUGAGAAGCUGGAUGUUGAGGGCGAGGGCGAAAUUUUCGUCGACAGACUUUUUUCGUUCCUUGCAGCCGUGACGACGGAACACAGCGACCUCCGCCCCAGGUGGGCGGGAGUGGAUUCCUCUCAGCAGUUGGGAUGUGUUGAUUUCGAUUGCCUCCACAAAACUGCUAAGGAACUGCAUUCCUUGGGAGUUGGGAGAACAGAUGGAAGAUCAGGGCCUCGCUCCCCCAUUUCUCGCCAAGACGUGGAGAAGAUCGGCACGAAGCACCUCGAGUUCCAGUUCCCCUCUGCCGAGAUUGCAUUUGAUGAUCUAGGCGAAUUCGCUGAUGCGCUCACUAAUGCCAUGGAUGGCGUAACGUUUCAUCCUCAGAUCAAUCCCCUGAGUGAAGUGAUUGCGAAGAGGUCGAGGGAACGGGAGGCUCAGAGGCAACAAGGCCACCUUAGCCUCCCCGACCGCCUUAUCGCUCGUGUCAACCGAGAGAUCAAAUGCCGUUAG